UCACUGAAGACUUGAAUUCAAGACUGAAUUCAGUAAAGAGAAGUCUGGGUGAUUUUUCAUGUUAAGGAUUUACUUGUCGUAAUUAUUAAUUUCACAUCUGAACUCCGAACUAGAUGUGGAGAUGGAGAAUGUAUAUGUACCUAGAAAAAUCUGUCUAUGGCUUUUAUAGUCCGGUAAACUCAAAGAAUCGCCUGUUUUAUAGCAGCAUUUCAAAAGUACUUGCACCUGAAGAAGCAGUACCACUGAAAGCCAAUCCAAUAAGCAUGACUGAAGUCCCUCAAAUAAUACCACAGUUCUACAGAAGGGUUCUCCCACAGACCUGUAUAUCAUUCUAUUCUGAAGAAGGAAAGCGAAUUUUCCAUGAGGCUCUAGAUUCUGGUCACAUGGAGUGCUAUUUUAAGUUGGCGGCCCAAUUUCGGACUCAGGAUGAACCAGCCUUUUGUGGACUGACCACUCUAGUGAUCGCAUUGAAUGCUCUAGAGGUGGAUCCAGGGGAGGUGUGGAAAGGACCUUGGCGCUGGUACCAUGAGAGAAUGUUGGACUGCUGCAUCCCUAUAAGUCUGGUGGAACAGGAGGGGAUCACCUUUACCCAGUUUGUAUGUCUGGCUGAGUGUAACUCAUUGGAGGUACAACCAACAAAGGCAGGUACUGGGGGUACCCUGGAACAGUUCAGGCAGAUCAUUACUGAGUAUACAAAGAGGGAUGAUGCCUUCCUGAUCCUCAGUUACUCCAGGAAAACUCUCAAUCAAACAGGUGAUGGGCAUUUUUCUCCAGUGGGAGGGUACCACCCUGAGAGAGAUCUGGUCCUUAUGCUGGACACUGCACGGUUCAAGUAUCCCCCUCAUUGGGUCACUGUGGAUCUACUCUGGGAAGCUAUGCAUGCUCUCGACAAAACUACAGGUGAACCAAGAGGCUACUUGACAGUAAAGAAGAAAACCCCAUCAUCACACACAGAACAGAGAGAUAUUUUGACUUUGUUUAAGAUUUCACCUUCCUUUGACAUUACUAAUGUCAAGGUCUUCAGCCCUGGUAUUUCUCCAUUCAUCUGCCAGUGGCAAGAUUGGUUAGAAAAGGAAUAUAUAGAACACGAGGAUGAGAGCCAAGCACUGCAGUACAUUAUACAGAAUCUUGACACCUGUGCCAAAGAAGGGGAUGAAAAUGAAACUGUUUUCACCACUCAGGUUGAUAUUAAAUGUGUUGGUGAUAUUUCCAAGGCACAUGCUUGUGAAGUUCACCAGCUUCUUACCAGCAUUGAGAAAACAUCUCUCUACAAGGCCGUGACAGAUUAUCUUGCUCAGCAGGGAAAAGACCAGCAUUUUGACAAACUUGGGCGUUUAACUACCAAUCUCUCCACUGGACAGGAGGAGUGUCUGACAGGCAAACUGACCACUGCCCACUUUGUGGUGAUGUUCCUCUUCUCCUGGCCAUAUGAGGAAAGUGACCACAGCAUAAAGAGGAACAAAGAUCUGCUUCUUAAGCUGAAAUCUGAGACAUGUGGAAAUGUGUUAACUGGGGAAUGUAACAUACUGAGAAAGCAGUUCACCAGCUUGCUGAAACUUCGCAAAGAAAAAAUGGCUAAGAGGAAGAAGUGUAACUGUCACACAAAGUCAUGUGAAGUGGCAAAGGAUGUUUAAAGUUCUCUGAUCCCUUAGCUAAGAGAGAUAACUCUUAAAAUGAUUUAUCAUUGUGUUUUCUUUAUAAAAUAUUCAUUUUCAGUAAUGAUAUUUCAGAUUUUCUGUGUAUGGUUUUUUAAGUUUGGUCAUUUUUUUUUCUCUCAUUUAAUUAUAUAUUCUUAAAUACUGAAAAGGAAAAGAAAU